UUUGAAAAAAAAAAAAAUAAAUAAAUAACAAAAAUGUCAUUUUUUGUUGAUAUUGUAACUGAAGAUUCAUUUUAUGAAAAUUUAACUCUUGGUGUUGUUAAACAACUUGAAACAAAUACAUGUAUUAAAAAUGUUAAAGUUGAACGUAAAUUAGCUUGUGAAAGAAGUGUACUAUCAAGUUGGGAACAGAGAAAUUGUUGUCUAUUACCAGAUGACCUUAAAAGCUUUUAUGCUUCAAUUGAUGGAUUUUCCUUGACCUGGAGUCUUGAUAUUGCAGGAGAAGAAUUUCCAAUUGGAAAAAUGAAUAUCAAUGAAUUUGGAGAACUUAAAAGAUUCAUUGGUACAAAAGAACAACAAAAUGAUACUGAUUCAAUGUGUAAUGAUGAUAUUGAUUUACCAACAUUUGGUACAACAUGUAAAUUAUUUGAAAUUGAUGAAUGUGAUAAUUGCAAAAUAUAUCUUGUUUAUUUUAUUAGACCAGAUUUUGAUACUGAACCUAGUAUAUGGUUAUUUAAUAAUAAAAUAAAACCUGGUUGGUAUAAAUUAGCUGAUAAUUUUACAAAAUAUUUUAGAAUGAUGUUGGUACAUAUUGGUCUUCCAUAUUGGCAAUUAUGUGUUACUGAAUUAUCAUUACCAACUUGGGUUGAACAGAUAUAUUAUCUUGUUGGACCUCAUUUAUUACCAGAUACUGUUAAAACUAGUGAUACAAUAACUGAUACACUAUGGAAAGAUGGACCAUUAAAUACAAUUGAUUCAGGAAUAUUUAAAAGUCGUGAUAAUAAGCAAAAAAAUUCAAGAAAAAAAUAA